CUGGUCGGAUCGUGGAUCGAUUGGUCGAGCCUCGCGCAGGAGAAGUGGGAAGUGGAGAAUGGGCGGGGUUUCCAGCGCGCGUCUUAAAGGAACAGUACACCCAAAUUAUUUCUAGAGGGAGAGUUCACUCUUUAACUACUUAGUACAUUUAGUGUUUGAGUCCAUAAAACACUUUUGGAGUUUCAGGGGCCAACGGGGUUGCAGCCAAAGCCAAUGCAAUUAGAGUAAAUGGUGACCCCUUCUUCAAACAACAAAAUAACAAAUAAAAAACAUAAGAUGCCUCCAUACAGCUCCUGUGGUGUCAUCUAAGUCUCUGUAAGCCCCAAUAUUCAAAUUCAACUUGAAACGGCGUCAUUUAGACCAUGUUCUUAGCCUAAAUGUCCACUACCGUACCCCGCACGCCAUUGGGCGAGAGCUUGUGUGCGGUGUGUACGUGCAAAUGUGAACACAGUUCCAGAGGAGGAUCAAAGCACACUUUAGGCAAAAAACUUUUUAAUCGAAUUUGAACAUCAUUAAUGAUUCCACUAUUAGCUAUUUUAGUUUGGUGUCAGAAUGAUACAGUACCUGUUUUUACCUUUUGAAUUAAAGACACAGGGGUGCACAAUAUUUUGAAGUGACUGAAGUAUUUAAUAUAUAAAAAGACAUUUAUGAUGCGUAGUCAAGCCGUUCAUGUUACUUUGUCAGCAGUCUGUCUACAUGACUGAUUGUCAGUGUGACAUAAGCAGUGAAACACAGUCGUCUUAUCAAAGAUUCCACUCUCCAAGUUGAAUGAUUUCAUGACGACAGCCUUGUAAAAUUUUAACAGAAAGUUCUGCCCAAUUAAAAUGCGCUUGUCACCAAUUAAGUGCACGCCCGUGAAGGGAAACAGGCGUGUGACCGGAAAAUCCUCAUCUUUUGUUUUGAUGAGAUCCUCCCUCUCAUCGUCGCUGACGACAACGAGCUGACAAAUCAGACAGUGAACUCAUCCUCACUUUAUUAUAGGCGACACAGUGGCUCUGCUAGGUAAAUACCUGAACUUAGAAUAGUAGAAAUAGCACCUUAAACAAAUAAUAAUAAUUCUAAAUGAAUAAGGAAACAGACUUCUGAAAAGUCCAAACUUUUCCAUCAGGCCGUUAUGAUAUAAUUAACUGUAUGUUCAAAUUAAUGACAGAAAAAGUGAGUAGAGCCUGAGAGAGGCAAGUGUGAGUCAUAGAACUGAGAGAAAAUACCCCCCCCCCCCCUGAUGAGGAGGACCUAUCAACACUCUCCGACUACUGUGGGGUACCAGAGAGAAGGCACGUAAAAGCCCACGUUAUGUUGCCCCGGGGGCCUCCUGUGAGAGCUUUGGGAGGAUUUUUCCUAUGAUUUUGCAUGUCGCUCUGCAGAUAGUAAACAAGUGGAAGAAGAUGAGAUAAUGUUUUGUUGACCCAGGGAGGAAGACUGCGCUGCAUCGUCAGGUCAAAGUUUUUUCAGGGGUGAAACUACGAGAGCUGAGAUUUACAGAAAUAUUCACUCCUGCAGAACAUAUCAUACAGUUUUGGGGCUGAGAACAAACUGAUAUCCAGGAUUAAUAUAUAUAAAAAUAAAACACAAAUGUAGAUGCCCCAAAAUUGACUUUAUUGACCCAUCUUCCAUCCUUUCACCAAGUUUGGUGGGAAUCCAUCAGGUAGUUUUUGUGUAAUCCUGCUGACAAACAAAGAAAGAAAGAAAUCAUCAAAACAAAUGAACAGGGGUGAAAACAGGCGGAGGUAACGAUUUUGAAUAUUGAUUUAUCAUUUCAAGUCAAUGUUCCUGGCAAAAAGUCAAACAUUUCCCUCGUCCCUGGUAAAUUGUGAAGAUUUUAUUGAUUUUCUCUCAAAAUUCAUUGUAAAUUUAAUACUUUUUAGUUUUGGGGAUGUAAGUUGGACAAGAUAAUGAAUUGAAGACUGAGAUUACGUUUUGCUUUAAGAAACAAGUGAUGAGCGUUUCUCCUUUUACUUUUGCUCUUGUUUUUGUUAUUUGGCCAAUUUGACUAUUUCUUAUUUUUAUUUUCUUGGGAAUGUUUUGUUUUUAUUGUAAACGAGGUUUCUCCUUCAAUGUAUUCCCGAGCUGAAACAAAGGUUGAAUGAAAGGUCAACAGAAAAAGAACAAAAGUGGGUUUUACUGGUCAGUUCAUCCACAGACACGUGGAUGACAAAGGAAAAACCCGGAGUGUCAUCGUGAGGUGUUGGGCUUUAGUUUUCCUUGACGUUCGACGACUUUCUCAAACUCUCCGAGAGAUAUGAACCAAAUGUUUCCAGGAGAUAAUUCCUCACUUGGUGUUUUGACGAUGGCGUUGGUGUGCACGCUCGAUGAAGACAUCUUCCAUAGGUGUUCAGUCGCGAAGCAAAGGCCACAUGAUUCACAUUAUUUUCAUAAACGUCAGAGCAAUCAGUGGCUCCCUGUUCCCUGUAUGGAAGCAUCUGUCUCCAUUUAUCCAGCUCUGUGCAUCCAGACCAGUGAGGGCCUCUUGUAACUACUGUGCAGUCAGACACUGUGGGAAGGAGAUCAGAGCUCCCUGCUGUGGAUUUACAUAUAAACUAAAGAUUUGUUUUUCUUUAUUAAAAUUUACAUAAAUGUUUUACACAUGUAUGAGUCUCAUGUUCAGUUUCUGGACGUCGACCUGCUCUACAAAACCCCAGCAGAGGUUGAAUGGUGAUGAAUCAUGUUUGAUAAUUCCACCCUUCUUCCUCUUCCUCCUCCUCCUCCUCCUCCUCCUCCUCUUCCUCCUCCUCUCCCUGGACGUCACCUCUCUCUCUCUCUCUCUCUCCCUGCCCUCCAUCUCACCUCUCUCUUACCCUUCCCUCUCUUAGUCACAGCACCGAUGUGUCAUUCUUUCUAUCACUUUGGAGGUUCAUGCCUGCUGAAGCGCAGCGAGCUGAUCUCUGGAGAGCCAAGACGGUGCCAAGACUGCUCCACACAAACCGCCGCCACCUCCUCGCUCCCAGUGGAUGGCACCCCUGACGCCUUCCCCAGCCAGGACUGGGAGAAAAAAAACACGCCUCCACGCCGCGGUGGAUGCAGUCAGGAUGUAUAAAUGAGGGUGCAAACGGGUGAAGAACAACCAGAGGCAAACAGGACCAGAUGAAGAUGGAGAUUUCAAGGGUGAACUGGAUGCUGGCAGCUGCAGGGUUCCUCCUGUGGAGCAGCGGAGGCUCUGCUGCGCCCAUGGAGUGCCACUUCGACUCAAGAGCUCUGUGUGUGUUUGAGGGAAGACAAUACACUCUGGGUGACACCUGGAUGGACAACGCUUGCAUGCAGUGCACCUGUCUGCACCCUGUUGGAGUCGGCUGCUGUGAGACGGUGCAUCGGCCGGUGGAUUUCCCCGCGUGGUGUCAGUUGCGUGUGGAGCCAGUGACCUGCAAAGUGUCUCUGGUGCAGGCGGCCGACCCCCGUCUGCCCUGCUACUCCGGCAGAGACUUCAAUGACCCGAGCCACGGAUCGCUUCAGCUGCAGCACCAGCUCGAAGGGUAGAGAGCCACUCGAACCCAGUCAACCAUCUGUCUGAUCUGUGAAACCCAUACUCACCACAGUUAAAUACCAGUAACUACUUCUGAACAAAUAUAAAACAUUAACAGCAUGUGUAAGUUCCAGUGUUUGUAUCGUCAGAAAUGUGACAUUCGUCUGUGAAGGUAGAUUUAAAUAAAACUGCAGCAUUUUCCAGCAGAGAAUUUUAUGAAACAUAGAAACAAAUUAAGAUUGAAGUUUACUUAAGAUCAAAUGUUUUUCAGUCUAUGUUUUUACAUUAGUUAUUAGAGUACGUAGUUUAUCUGCCAUUAGUGGCUCAAAGCUUCCGACCUAACUUUUGUCUUUAGAUACAGAGUGUGGGGAACUUGUGCCAAAGAUUGUCUGUAAAGAAAAAAAUAGUUUUGGGAUAUUUUCACCUUAAGCCGAAUGUCGGAUCUUUAAUCAAUCCAAUAAUGACUUCUUGUAAAUAUAAACACAGUAUAUACACAUGCAUUAAUAUAUACAAAUUCUGCUGAAGUUGACCUGUUCUCUGCUGUAACUCAU